AUGCAGCUCCCAGCAGCGGCUGUAUUAUUUCUAGUGCCGGCAUUUGCUCUUCAAAGUGCCUUCAUGCGCCUCUUUAGACUCCGUUCUGUGGAGCGUCUUCUUCAUUUUGUACCGGAAGGGCUGCGCCCUCUGCAGCAAACAUACAUUGAAAUGCUGCAGAGAAGACAACCCGCUCUAAUUGCCGCGUGGAACCGCCGAAGUGCUGACCCCAAAUACAGCGACGCCGUUGCAGAGGCAACGGCAGGCGGUGCUGCAGCCACCAGUCGAGCAAUGGUUGAGCUGUGGAGAGAUAUGACAAGAAACACACCUGCAGCAGCAGCAGCAGCAGCAGCAGCAACGAAUGCAGCAGGUGUACAACCCCACAAGAUGAAAACGUGGGCUGAACAGGUUGUAGCAGCAAGGAAGCAGCAGCAGCAGCAGCAGCACAGACAGCAGCACCCUACUUCUGCAGCUGCUUCUGCUGCACAGCGCGCUGCUUCAUAG